AUGGGAUGCUGUUAGGAUCGUAUUAAUGUGACUUUGAAUGCAAAUGAAAUAAAGCCCUAAAUAAAGGCACCCAUUAUCUUCCAUCCUUAUAAAGGUUAGAAAAUAGAACCAAUGAAAAUUUCAAUCAUUGGUGAUUUGGAUAAAAUGGAGAUUUUUGAUGACCCCUAAUUAGCCAUGCCCUCCAUAACAUAAAUUGAUUAAAAAUUGACAUCUAAAUUAUUCUUCUCUCGUGAAUUCAAGGAAACAAAAGAAUUGGUAACAAUUUUUUAUCUAUCGUUUUUAGAAAUCAACUCAAAUUUCUGAAACGGUUAUAAUUGAUAUGAGAUCAGGUUCUUACCUUUAAAGUCCUCUCAAACCACUUACAGAAAGAAGAUCGAGCAAAAAUUUAAAUUAAAAGUUUAUAGGGAUGCUUUGA